AUGGUAUCGAAAGCAUCUCUAAGCUCUCGAUUAGGGAUCAUGUCAAAACAUCAAAAUCAUCUUCAAAUGCAGAGGAUACCCGGAGUUGGAGGAGAUCUAUUCUCUUAUCUCUAUGUCAAGAGGAAACUUGGCUUUAUCAAUGGAGCUUGUAAGCACCUAACAAGUCUACCUGAAAGCAAUGGAGUUGUGUCAAUGAUAUGGUUAUAUCUUUGGAUAUCAAAUGCAUUAUCUAAGGAUAUUGCAGACAGUGUGAUGAAUUCCAAGACUGCAAAAGAACUUUGGGACAGUCUAGAACAGAGAUUUGGCAAGUCAAAUGGUGCCAAACUCUACCAUCUACAAAAGGAAUUGACAGGACUAGUACAAGGUAAUAGUGACAUUGCUGGGUACUUCACCAAACUUAAGAGAUUAUGGGAUGAAUUAGAUGGGAUAAAUGUGAUUAUGAGAACCGAGAGGGAAGUAUAUGCAAAUGCACACUUCACCCCGAUUCUCGGAUCAUUUAUGGCGAUUGGACAAGCAAAACAACCAAACAACACAUUAUUUGGUCGAGUUUCAGCAUUCAUGGCUAAUGGACAGGGAAGAAAUGCACGUAAACUUAAAAGUCAAGCAAUGAGAGGGCCAAGCACAUAUCAGAAAUAUAAUAACUCAAAUCAGAGGACUGCCAAGCCACAGAACAAAUUUAGAGGCAAGAAGAAAUAUGAUCCAAAUGUAUCUUGCACAUAUUGUGAAAAAAUAGGGCAUGUGCAUGAUGAUUGCUACGAAGAUCAUGGAUUUCGCAGAUUUGAGUUCACUAAUCCCAGGAACUAUCAACCCCGCAUUAAAGCAAAUGCAAGUCUAACUCAUGAGUGA